AAAACAAAUGUCAAUAUCAGAGUUUUAGCUUUUUAGGUUAUAUUUACAAUAUUAGAUCGAAAAUAUCGAAAUUUUCUAACACCAAUAUAAGGAAAUCAUGUCUAAAUCAGUAGCACGAUUAAAGUCCAUGAAGAAAGUAGCCGACAAGAUAGACCAUUCAUCCAAGUUAAGGACUAAUAUUCCAGCUGGAAUGGCUGCUGCUGGUCCACCUUUGGGACCUAUGUUGGGACAGCGUAACAUAAACAUAGCAGCUUUCUGCAAAGAUUUUAAUGAAAAAACUGCAAACAUCAAACAAGGGAUUCCUCUGCCUACCAGAGUUAAAGUAAAUCCCGAUAGAUCAUACCACUUGGAGAUUCAUCAGCCUCCUGCAUCGUACUUCCUCAAACAAGCGGCAGGAGUGAGUCGUGGAGCAAUGACACCUGUCAAAGAAGUAGCUGGAAAAAUUACAUUGAAACAUCUGUAUGAAAUAGCUGUAAUAAAGUCCCAAGAUCCAACAAUGGACUGGAAACCCCUAAAAGAAAUUUGCGUGAUGCUGCUCGGCACUGCUAGAACUUGCGGCAUAGAAGUGGUCCGUGAUUUAGAUGCAAAGGAGUAUGGUGAAUUCCUAGAAGAACGGAAGAAGAUUGUAGAAGAACAGAAGAAACAGCUGCAAGAGAAGAGAGAGGCUAAGAUGUUGAGAACCGCUUAGUUCUAGUGUAAAUAGUAUACUUUGUAGAUAGAUUAGGUUAUUACUGUGAAUAUUAUAGUGUUGAUUUAAACAA